GAAGAGAGGGGAGUGAGAGAGAAUUAACCAACAGAAGAAGAAAGUGGCUGUACAGUAUGUAAGUGAGGGAGUGUGGGGGCAGUCUGCCAGAGAGUGAUAACCCCAGCUUAACUCUCAGCCUACAUUUCCUGCACUUGUACACACUCAUUAGUCUACACGCAUGCGCACACACUCAGCCAUGAUGGACUGUAGUCUGAGCAGAGCAAAGUGACUUCCCUCCAGUUUGUGCUCACCAAAGAUCUGAUAGCAGCCACAAACUAUUGACGAGAUACUUUCUCAGCUCUCUGUUGUAGAGUCAGUAUGGAGGAGGCUGAAUUAUUACGGGAGAGACUACAGGCCAUCACAGAGAAAAGAAGAAUACAAGAGGACAUUGCAAAGAAAAGGAGAACGAUUGAGGAAGAGAAAUUAAAACUUCAGUAUCUAAAGAAAAAAGCCCUGCGGGAACAGUGGCUCAUGGAUGGCCUCAGCAGUCAGAAUGAGCAGGAGGAAGAAGCCAUGAGGGCACAGGCUCAAGAAGAGCAGCAGCAGGCCCUGCUCUUGCAACAACAAAUCUACAGAAUAGAGAAUGAGAUUGAAGAUCUUGAAACAGAGGAGAUGAAUAUCUCCGCAAAUGAAGAGCUCAUUUUAAAGCGGUUGAAGGAGGUGGAGAGGACAGCUGAGGACAUUAUAAAGGGAGCUGCAAGUGGGAAUCCAGAAUCUGGUGGCACAGACGUGAAUGAAGGUUUCUUCCCCAUUGAGAAUCAGACACAAACAGAACUUAAGACCCUCUUCAAGACAGUCACCAUGGAGACAAGUGAGCAAUCCAACACAGGAAACAUACCAGACUAUGAGAUGGAAGUCCAGGAGAUCAAAUUAAUUGAGAACAAGGACACAACUGCUGAAGAUGAACAGAUUUGCAAUGAUGAUGUUCUAUUUGAAUCCCUGAGUGCCAAAGUAGCUGAUGCCAUUUUAGCAGACUUGCCUCCCACAGUGACAAAUGGUGAUGAAUUUGAAGAUGUGCCUGCCACUAAAGAAGCUUUAGUAUUGGAUGACACAAAUGGUGAGCUUAAUCGCAAUGAAUCUAUUACCUCGUCUGUGUCUGAUACACCAUCUAGUGCUGAGAGUAUGUAUGAGAAUGAGGCUAUACAAAAAAGGCAGGAUUCCUUGAAAGAGGAAGUGUUGAAAAAUAUCGUGCCUGUAAUAGAGGAUGCUGAAGAUGUAGAUAUACUAGAUCCAUUAAAAGCAGAAUUCCAUGAGGAUAUCUUAGAUGGCUUAGGCUGUGAGGUAGAUGAAUCCAUGUUGGAAUCAUUAAUCCGAGAGGAAGUUAUGUCAGACAUCUCAAAUGAGUCUGGUCAAAAUCCUGAAGACCUGGAGGAAUGUCUAUUGGUAGAAAUUGCUGCAGCAUCAUCUGACAGUGAGACUGAUGAGAAAUGGAGAACGAUAUUUUCUUCCUCCAUUAAUAAGGAGGAUGAUGACUCCUAUCUUGACAGCCUUCAGCUAAGUGCACAAGAGCUCUUCAUUCAAAAGCCUGAAGUGAAAACUGGUGAAAACCAAUCAGAUGCACAGCAAGAGCCUGAACAGGAUGUGCCUGUGGAGGAUUCUGUGCUGGAGCAACCUGCAAGUACUCCAACUUAUGUGCAGCCUACACAAGAGAUCUCUUAUAAUCUCUCAACGCUAUUCCAUGGCUUGUCCAAAAUAUCUGAGGAUGAAGAGGAGCUUGGGAAGGGUUCUGCAAACCAUAAAGACUUUUCAUCUACUUGUGUCAAGUCAGACUCAGACAAGAAAAUGCCAAAAGAUUACUGUGUGAUUCAAGAGAUGAAGAGUGAAAAUGUCAGUACAGAGCAUGUGGAUUUCAGAGUUGCCCGCAAACAGUGGCUGCAGAUGGAGGAGCAAACAAAGAACCUCACACACCAGCCAGUUAUCAGGGCUGGGACCUGCCAGGGCAAUCACAGCUUUAUGUACACACCAGUGCGCAACAUUGACAGGCAGAAGAAGGAUGCUGAAUUAGAGAAUUUGGCACUUGGCAGAGACUACCAACAUACCCAGUUUAGCCCCUGCUCAGAAGAUUCAGGAGUAGAUGACUCUAGUUUCAGGUCACCUUUUGAUGACCCCGAGACCCCAGUAGAAAAAGAAAUUCGCUCUGCCAUGGAGAAAGAGGAAAUCCAAAGACAUGAAAGAGGAAUGUCCAAAUCAUACUCAAGUGACUCUGUGCCAGGAAAGGGAAAACCAGUCAUCUUGAACCCUGGGAAAUUAUGUCAAGACGUUGACGAGAAGAGAAAGAUGCUUGAGCAUCAGGAAGACGACUGCAGAUUAUCCCCCAGCACCCAGAUGCCAUCGUUCAUCAUAACAUCCUCCCCAACAAGAUCACAGAAGCAUGAAAUGGCAGCCAACAACGUCAUUAUCCUCGAACCUGAAUCUUGCCAUCAAAGCCCACGUCAUGCUGGAAAGUUGGUGACAUCCAAAUCUGCUGAUUGGAGGUCAGAGGAAAAACCCAGCGUAAUUAUACUGGAAACAUCAAACCUAAUUAUUCGAAGUGCAUCAGAGUUAAACCUGACCUCUGUCUCUGUGGUACCUGAAGAGAAAACCUUUCUUAACAACCCAUUUUUCAAGCUGCGCUCCCGGAGCACCCUCUCUUUGGUUGAUGAAGAGAUUAAGAUGGUAAAACAACGAGAGGAAGAACUGAAAAGAGAAAGAGCAACUAUUUACUCUAAAGAUAAUUUCCUGGCUUCUCCCAAUCUCCUGGACAGCCCAUAUGACAAACAAGAUGAUAUCCCAAUCAAAUGUAAAUCAUCCCCUUCAUCCCCUAUGAAGACGUGUAAGAUGGAUCGGUCAACCUUAUCCUGUGAUCACAGAUUUCCUGAGGCCUAUUCCGGCGGUCGCCGUAAAAGUGCCAUGGCCCUGCGGUGGGAGGCAGGGGAGUUUGCAAACCAGUAGAGAGGAACAGGCUAGAUAUCAAUCAGUAAUUAUCCUUGUUCUUUGUAAGAAACUUCAAGCAGUGCUACAGACUGACACUGAUUUCAUCAUAAGCACAUGCCGUUGCUUGUGUGAUAUUUGCAGCUUUUCAUUUAUGUUCUCUCAUAGGCAGGAGAUCUGAGGGCUGUCUAAGAUGCCUGAAUGUUAGCAGAAUCUAUUAAUUGUUCAGUCUUGUCAUAAAUGUCCAGAAAGAUUUGAAUCAUAUUUUAUUGUAAUGUCUUAGUACAGAGUUCAGGAAAAUGUGUCCUGUAUUUUCAUACUGUAUUUUCUUGUGGGCAAGUAAGUAGAUUUAUCCCUAUACUACACUAAAAUACGUGAAACUACAGAGAUUACUCGGGCUAUUUCCGCCUUCAUUCUGCACUGCAACGAAUCCAACCUACGAGAUUUCAUUAGGGCACUGACUUCUGCUACCUUUUUAACUGAAAGUUAGUGUUUGGUCCAAUACAGGUACUCCACAUAUGGAUACUGCCUUUUUACGACAAGAUCUUUAUCUUUUAAUAUAGUUAUUAUAUAGAUUGAAAAUGAGGGACAGUCCCUUGGAUAUUAAACACUGACAUUUAAAUGCUUUACUGUGUAAAUGGAGACUCUUAAUGUAAUGCUUUCCUAUUUGUCUAAAAACAUAUUUGUAUGCUCAUGUGACUCUGUUUAGGUCUAUAAGUAUUAUGGCUAUAAGUAUUGCUUGUAUUCAUGUAUGCCAUCAUCAAGUACACAUAUGCAUUGCUUUCUAUCUGAGAAAAGGAUGAAAAAAAAACAACACCACUUGAGUUGUUGAAAUUUAAAUGAGCAUUGAAACAAUAAAUAUAUAUGAGCAUUGAAACAAUAAAAAUAAACAAGAAAGAAAAUAUGACUUUUCUCUUACAUGGAUACCAUUUUUAUAAGGUAAUGAAAUAAAAGAUCUGACUAAUAACCUUAAUUAUAAUGUGAAGUCAGCCUGCCAAUUCAGUCACAUUAAUGAAAUAACAUGUCUAACCGAUAGCUGUCAGAGAAGAGCUUAAGGAAUUAGCGGAGCAGUAAACAAGACAUUCAUCACAGCCAAAGCCAUUAGGCAAAUGGGUUCCUUUUAAUUUGUACAUACAUUUACACCAUCUGUGCAUAUACAAAAUGAAUGAUGUUAUAUAUGAUUUGUAUACAAAAUUGAAAAGACAGUCACAGUGCAAAAAUGUUUAAUUUCCACUUUAUCUUUCAUAUAAACUUAAGGCAGGUACUCUCAACCUUUUUCUGGCUUCUAUACAUGAUUACAGUUUGUUCAUCCAGUGGAUUUUCGAUUCUAUGUUCUGAAUCAGUUUGAAUUUUGUCCCUGAAAGUUUGAAUUUUUACCCAUGCCAGAGAACACAAAGCUGCAGUAGGCUACAGACUGAAGUACCAUGCAUGUGCUGUUUAGAUUUUGGGCAUAACCUGCAAAAAAUAGCAUGAAUAUUGGAUUUUGUAGUGUUUCUACCAAGAAACCAUGACCAUGCAACAUGAUAAUAUGCUUCUUCUUUUUUUUUUUUUUUUAAAUAGCUGCUCUGCACACUGCCUGUGCAAAAGGCUACUUUAAAUAAAUACCAUGUUGGACAAGACAAUUAAUAGGAACUAAAAAAUGAAUGAAGGCUAAUGAAAAUUUAAUAAUAAUCUGAUAGCUUCCAUUGUUUUUAUUAAAUAUUCCAUAGAUCAUUUUAUAUGCAUACAACUUCAUUACAAUCUUCUCUGACCCCAAAUACAUAUCAAAAUUGAGAACCUGUGACUUAAGAUAUAUAUUAUGCACGAGUUAUAAGUAACACAGUUUUCAUUUCUGAUAUAUCACAGUAAUAUUGAACAUUACAUGCUUUGAUUUGAUGCACUCAUAUGUCAAAUCAGAAUUAUAAUCUGUUUUUUUUUCUGCCAUUUACUUUAAACAAACAAAUGAUUUGUCUUAAAGUACAAUAAGAAACAUAGUACAUAGUAAAAUGUAGUCUAGUCCAAAUGUAAUGGUUGUCAAAUACCACAAAAACCUAUUUAAAACGUGAGAUUUCAUAAAAUCAUAAUAAGAAGGGCAAGUGCUGAACUUCUCUCUGUGUUCAUUCAGCAAACUCAUCUACACACUUCUACUUUAAUGUGCUGCAUACAGAUCCAUCAGAAAUCAUUCAUGCAAAAUCAUUGACAUUUUGAAUACAAAGAUUCAAGCACAAAAACUAAACAAAUAAUGUGACAUUCUGUAUCUUUGGCUCAUGGCAAUAUCAGUUCAAACUCCUGUGUCAUUUCUUUGGCACAUAAACAUCCAGUUUUUCUGGAAAAUGGACUUCUUAAAACUAUCUGCUGGAAUGUUGCUUUAAAAGGGUUGAUCAAGUUAUCCAGUGUGCAUCAUAGUAAGAACAACCUUCAAUAAGGCAUCUUUAGCUUCUCAAACAGUAGCCGAGUACAAAAGCAGCCAUUAGUAAGGCUUGUUAUCCUUCAACAUCAUACCUCACUGAUGGUGGCCAGAAGAAGAGCCAGAAAUACAAGGUUUCCACACAGG